GCCCGUGCGUCCUCCGAGGCGGGCGUCACUUGCAACACGCAGUGGUGCCAGGAUUAUUCCAAGGAUUGCUUAGCUGGUACGGAAUCGCAGCCGUGCUCAUGCGAGAAGGGCGUUUGGCGCGUUAUUGACAGACCUACGCAUGUAUCAGUUUUUGCACCACGGUUUUACCGCUACACAUGUUGCACGGAACACGACCCAUACAACACAAGCAGACGUACCCGUUUCACGUUUGAUAGAGAUAUGUGUGGAGAUUACAGCAGCACGCAUAUGUUUGGCGCUUGCAUUAUGACUGCAAUCGCAUUCGCCGCGGGAACAUUAUUCUGGGCAGGAUGUCGAGUUUGCCAUGAGAAUGUCGCCAGGCCGGUCAAGAGAAUAGCGCAGGAUGAGAACGUGGAGAGACCGACCAGCGUGCUAGAUGGAGACAGAUUGCAUGACAGCAUCCCUCCACAUCGGUGGUGCGUUACACGGGCGGACCUGCAGCAGUUCAGGAGAUUGGUGCAGCGGGCAGUUUUGGAUGGACGCAUCCAGCCCACGGAAGCAGACCUGUUCGAUCCGAGAGAUGACGUGAUAGGACCAUGCGUUUACACCGUCACCGAUCAAUACAUCAAACCCGUCACUGCCAGCGCAGGGAAUCCGAGCUGGGCACUGAUGCUUCACCCAGAUGGCCUCGCGUGUGACCUUUUCAUUACGCAUAGCUGGAAAGAAGGGAUAUAUGAGCUUAUCGACAAAGUCAUCUACUCGUGGCCUGCUGGGAAACGAAAUGCGUAUAUAUGUUUCCUGUCUAACCCACAGAACCUUGAUAUUGCGCAUCUCGUAUCGAGCCCGCGAGAAUCUCCGUUUGCCCACGCAUUACGCUCGGCAACGGACAUGAUGGUUGUGUCCAACCGCAGAGAAAGUAUAUAUAGCAGGGUCUGGUGCACUUACGAGGCCCACUUGGCAUACACCUUGGACAAGCGAAUCUUCUGCGCGACAAGUCCAGUUCAUAAUUCAAACUUCUGGCAUCGCGUCUCAUCCCAACUCGGUGUAUGCCUUGUUGGGCUCAGCGUUGGCGCUGCGUGCUCCCUUCUUCUUACUUUCAUCGCCUUGGAGCACUUCGCGUUACUUGUGAGGAACCUAUUGAUUUUGGUAUUGUGUUGUACCAUGAUGAACUGGAAAUUCCACAUGAAAAUCCCAUGGGGCACUGCUUGCCGCCGUUCUAGUUGCGCGGCGGUCCUCGUUGCUGGUGUCGGCGUGGGCUUCGUAUGGCAGGUGGACAUGACGUACGCAAUGAAUUGGGUUGGUUCCCUGAUGUUUUUGGCUUUCGGCAUCUGCGUGGAAGCUGACCGUUUAUGGGCGGUCGUUGCCGUUCGAGAGAAAGUGAAUUUGUCGUUGGGCUACACGGGCCAUAUUCGUGACGCGCGGUGUUCUGUGCAUGCAGACGGCGAACUGAUUCGCGGGGAGCUACAGGAGGAAACCCAAGAGGUCGCUGUAGACCAAAGCGUGGAAUGUCUGAUUUGCACGGGUCUCUCCACCAGGCUCUUGCGCGACACGGCGCAGCGAGUCGGCAAACUAGGUAAUGUUACCAAUUGGAAUACGGCUUCGGUAGUCUCGCAUGUCGGUGGGAUUUGGGUGUGGCUUCCUGCUCAUUCGACUGGGAGCGACGUCUGCACUAUGGAUCACGGCAUCUCGGCCUUCAUCUGCAUCCUUCAAGGAUUGACUUGGUCAGUUUUGUUUGCUUUCGUGUUGAGCAAUGACCGGAAGGCAUUCGCAGCGACGUCUGUCGUCACCCUUCUCGUCUGCUUACCCCUCAGGGCUGUCAGCAUGUGCGCCUUCGCGUUCUCCAUUGCUCUGGUCAUGGGGCCCACUGUGCUGGUUCUCACGCUGGCAGGGCCUGCCAAUGUCGCUCGCGUGCCUCUUGUAGGCCCCGCACUUGUUCGAUUAUUCAUAGGCGAUUGGACCAUUCGCAACCCUUGCGCACGCCGUUCCGAACGAGAGCGCCGCCGAUUCUCCAAGGAGCUCCGGGACAGUCAGCACACCCUUGCCUCCAUAUACGGCAAGCUCGAGGAAGACCUGACCCGAGACCCGCGCCCGAGCUUGACCAGCACGCCUUCCGACCUCGAGGGAACCUGGUCCACAACUCGCAUGGGCCUAACAAGCUCGGGUUCCACUUGCGGAGGCGACUCGGCCAAGCACUGCCAGAGCGUUUCGGGAACGCUCUCAAGCAGCCAAUGUUUCCAGGCCGUCUGACCUUUCGAGGCAUGGCCUCUAUACCUCCAUGAAUGCAUUCUUAGGCAAACAGCACAUCGGCGAGAUGUCAGCUUCGGCGGCGCUUGCGUGUAUACACAUGUGGAGAUACAUGCGCGUGCCGUUCAGUAUUCUCAUUGUAUUGUUACGGCUGUCGGUUUCCCAGUUGCUUCCGCGUUCGAGAUAGUCUGGGUUCUUCUUAACUAUGUCCACGUGUUGAAGAUCAUUGUCAACGCCCCGACUGUGUGAGCGUUUUCAGCUCCUCGAGGGCCCAAAAGUGCAAAGCAGCACAGAAGAGCGCCGAGGGCGUCUGGAAGAAGAACCACGGCGAUCGUAGUAUGCCACUGGGGCGAGCACCCGAUCUGUCUGCGUGCAGGGGAGCCUCGUCCGGCUCAUAUCGUCCUGCUCUUGGCAUCGCUCGGACGUCUGCAUUUUUUCUUCGGC